AUGUCACUUUCUCUUUUACUGUCUCUUCCCCCAUCUCGCUUUCUAUUUUACUAUCGCUCCCCUCAAUGUCACUUUCUCUUUUACUGUCGUUCUUUUAGUCUUGCUCCCCUCUAUCGUGCUUUCUCUUUUUCUCCUGCUCUAUUCAAUCACGCUUUCUCUUCUACUCAUUGUCACUUUCUCUUUACUCUCGCCCCCACCCCAUCUCGCUUUCCCUUUUACUAUCGCUCCCCUUCAAUGUCGCUUUUUCUUUUGAUGCCGCUCCCCUCAAUGCCGCUUUCUCUUUUAAUCCCGCUUCUCUCAAUCUCCUUUUCAUUAGUAUCCCUCCCCGUACUAUUUAUUUUAGUCUUUCUACCUCAAUCUUUCUUUCUCAUUAACCCUGUCUCUCUCUUUUCAACCAUUAUCAUCUUCAAGCUUCAUUCCAAUGUUUCUUUGUCUCUCCCUCUCGUCGCUCAUCAGAUUUUCCAGUUGUCUCUCCUUCACACUUCUUGUGUAAAUACAUAUCCAUAUACAUUUUCUUUAUCUCUUUCUCUCUCUCUCUCUCUAUCUCUCUCUCUCUCGCUGUCUCUCUCUCACGCUGUUGGGCCGAAGCAUUUAGGAACUUACUCAUGUCUGUCCACCUACCGCACAGAUCUAUCUAUCUAUCUAUCUAUCUAUCUAUCUAUCUCUUGUUGUUCAUAUCUAUCUAUCUAUCUAUCUAUCUAUCUAUCUAUCUCUCUUUAUAUAUUUAUCUAUACGGGCUCAUCUAUCUAUCUAUCUAUCUAUCUAUCUAUCUAUCUAUCUAUCUAUCUAUCUAUCUAUUGCGAAUUCAAACAGCUAGUCUGUCUGUAUAUCUCUGCCUUUCUGUUUCACUUCUUCUUUCUCUGUCUGUCUAAAUCUCUCUCUCUCUCUCUCUCUCUCUCUCUCUCUCUCUCUCUCUCUCUAUCUAUCUAUCUAUAUGUGUAUGUGAAAAAGAGAGAGCAGGAAAGAAAAGAGCAAGAGAUUGCCGCUUUUUCAUGCGGUAUUGGUUUACUUGUGGUGGAUGUUGGUCGUACAAGAGAAGGCCGUAAAGUCUAUAGAGACACUUCAAUUACUUGCACUGUGAGUGUCUGCAAUCAAGAAGAUCCCUAUCUGACGAAAGUGAACACUUACCAAGCAGAUGACGACAAAGCUAAGUGUUGUCACAUGGCCAGUUAUACGAAGGUAACUGUAAAACGAAACGAUUACACAAUAAAACGCCCGGAAAUCCCAAAUGUUUAUCUACCGGUAAUCAAAAACUACCGGAUGCGACAUCCGGGGUAG